AUUUUUGGGCACUGGCUUUUGCCAGUUCGUUAUGCCCUGAGUGAGUGAGUUGCAUUCACUGACAGUAGGAAUCUCCACCACUGAGAAUAAUGUAGUGUUGAGCUAUCCUCAUCACAGUGUUUCUGUGCCACCUUAGUCUAGUCCUGUCUCAGUUUAUGUUCCAUAGUCAAGUCCUACUUCCUAGUUUGUAUCCUAGUCAUCAGACCUCGCUGCAUGUCUUUUGGAUUUUCAUUACCUCUGCCUUCUCGGACCGCUUACACCGUGUAUGAGCUCAGCGUGAUUAAAACUACGCCUAACAUCAUGUCCUCGUCUUGGAGUCCUGCAUUUGGGUCCAGCCCCGCGCCUGAGUACUCAGUCCGUGGAUGUCCACGUUUUCCUGGGCCAGCGUACGGGAUUUCUCCCAGCUGACCCUUGACCUCGCCAGGAACGAGCUCAUCGUGGGCGCCAGGAACUUCCUGUUUAGGCUGAACCUUAGCAACAUGUCAUUGAUCCAGGUGACGGAAUGGUCACCCGACGACGAGACCAGGAAGUCCUGUCAGAGCAAAGGCAAGACGGAGAUAGAGUGUCAGAACUACAUCCGAGUGCUGCUGGUCAACAAGACCCAAGUGAUGACCUGCGGUACCAACGCCUUCCAGCCCCUCUGCACUAUCAGAGAGGUAGGCAACAUGAGCAAGGUGUUGGAGCGUGUGAACGGCGUGGCCCGCUGCCCGUACGACCCUCGCCACAACUCCACGGCCGUGCUGACGGAGCGCGGCGAGCUCUACGCCGCCACCGUCAUCGACUUCUCCGGACGCGACCCCGUCAUCUACCGCAGCCUGGGGGGGAUGCCGCCGUUACGCACCGCGCAGUACAACUCCAAGUGGCUCAACGAGCCGCACUUCAUCUCGGCGUACGACAUGGGCUUGUUCACGUUGUUCUUCCUGCGGGAGAACGCGGUGGAGCACGACUGCGGCAAGACGGUGUACUCGCGGGUGGCGCGCGUGUGCAAGAACGACAUCGGCGGGCGCUUCCUGCUGGAGGACACGUGGACCACCUUCAUGAAGGCGCGCCUGAACUGCUCGCGCUCGGGCGAGAUCCCCUUCUACUACGACCAGCUGCAGAGCACCUUCCACCUGCCCGAACAGGACCUCAUCUACGCCAUCUUCACCACCAACGUAAACAGCAUUGCAGCGUCGGCCGUGUGCGCCUUCAACCUGAGUGCCAUUACGCGGACCUUCAACGGGCCAUUCCGCUCCCAGGAGAACCCUCGAUCCACCUGGAUGCCGACCCCAAAUCCCAUCAGCAACUUCCAGUGCGGGACCAUCAAGGAUGAGGGACCAAACGAGGGUCUGACAGAGCGCAGCCUGCAGGAUGCGCAGCGCCUCUUCCUGAUGAACGAAGUGGUUCAACCAGAGUCAGUGGACCCACUGGUCAUGCAGGAUGACGUGCGCUUCUCCCACCUGGCUGUGGACAUCGUGCAGGGCAUGGAUACGCUCUACCACGUCAUGUACAUCGCCACCGAAUACGGCAGCAUUCUAAAAGCGUUGGCCACGUCCAACAAGAACCUGCAAGGCUGCUACCUGGAAGAGAUGGAGCUCCUCCCAACUGGCGUGCGACAGCCAAUCCUGAACCUGCAGAUCCUGCACAGUGACCGUUCGCUCUUUGUGGGCCUCAGCGACCGAGUUCUGAAGAUCCCCCUGGAGAGGUGCUCUACGUACCGCACUGAGACGUUGUGUUUGGAGGCCCGGGACCCUUACUGCGGCUGGGACACGCGUCAGCGGCGCUGCACGACGCUGGAGGACAGCACCAACAUGAGCCAGUGGAAGCAGAACAUCACGGCGUGUCCGACGCAGAACCAGACCAGGCACGGCAGCUUCGGGAGCUGGACGGCGUGGCACACGUGCAACAACGACGACGGAGCGGACGGAGGCGCCGACGGGGUCAGCUCGUGUUGGUGCCGGUCCCGGUCGUGCGACAGCCCCGCCCCCCGCUGCGGGGGCAGGAUGUGCGACGGCGCCACCAUCCAGGUGGCCAACUGCUCGAGAAACGGAGGCUGGACGCCCUGGUCAUCAUGGGGACAGUGCAGCACCAGCUGCGGCACGGGAUUCGAGUUGCGCCAGCGCUCAUGCAACAACCCGGCGCCGCGGCACGGAGGGCGUGUCUGCGUCGGGGCCAGCCGUGACGAGAGGUUGUGCAACGAGGGGGUCUCCUGCCCCCAGCCAGUGCUGUGGUCACCGUGGAGCUUGUGGACAAAGUGUAGCAGCGAGUGCAGCGGGGGUUUGCACUCGCGGGUGCGCACGUGCGAGAACGGCAACAGCUGCCCGGGAUGUGCCCUGGAGUACAAGGCGUGCAAUCUGGAGGCGUGUCCGGAGGUCAAGCGGAACACGCCGUGGACACCGUGGAUCCCGGUCAACGUGACCCAGGCCGGCGCCCGCCAGGAGCAGCGCACCCGCUACGUGUGCCGCGCCCGCCUGGCCGACCCGCACCUGCUGCAGAUGGGGCGGCGCAAGCUCGAGACCCGAUUCUGCCCCAAUGACGGCAGCGCUGCCUGCGACACUGACGACCUGGUGGAGGAGCUGCUGAGGACCCCGCUAGUUCGAGGCUCGAGCGCCCCCGGCUGGUCUUCGUGGGACUCCUGGUCCGCAUGCUCGCAGAGCUGCUCCAAAGGAUACCGCACUCGGCGGAGAUCUUGUGCCGGACUGGAGGGCAAGAGCGCACCGGUAGCCUGCAGAGGGUCUCCCGUCGAGUACCAGGACUGCAACGUCCAGGCCUGUCCAGUGAAGGGCGCGUGGUCGUGCUGGUCGUCGUGGUCCGAGUGCUCGGCGGGCUGCGGCGGGGGCCACUACCAGCGCACCCGAGCGUGCAGCAGCCCGCCGCCGGCAGACGGGGGGGACAUCUGCCUGGGUCUCCACACCGAGGAGGCGCUCUGCAACACGCACGCUUGCCAAGAUGCGUGUUGGGCCCCAAGGGAGCAGAUGGAGGUGCAGGCUGACGGUGGAGGCGGCUGGAUGGCCUGGUCGCUGUGGUCGGCCUGUGACAACUCCGGGGUCCAGAUGAGGACCAGAACGUGCGGCUCUGCCGGGGGCACCCCCUGCGUGGGCAACGCCACUCAGCGGAGGGACUGCAACGAAAUACCUGUCAUCCUCCCCGCAUCGGGCUUUGACGAGGACCGACACUGUGGAGCGUUCACGUCCAUCCACCUGAUCGCGACCGGGGUGUCCUGCUUCCUGGGCGCGGGCCUCCUGUCCUUCCUGGUCUACGUGUACUGCCAACGCUUCCACAAGCCGUCGCAGGAGUCGGCUGUCAUCCACCCGACCACGCCCAACCACCUCAACUACAAGGGCAACGCCACGCCAAAGAACGAGAAGUACACACCCAUGGAGUUCAAGACGCUGAACAAGAACAACCUUCUGCCGGACGAGCGCUCCAACUUGUUCCCGACGUCCGUGCAGCAGGCCAACGUGUACACCACCACGUACUACCCGCCCGCCCUCGGCAAGUUCGACUACCAAGCCAACGCCUCGCCGUCGCCCUGCCGGACCUACACCCACGCCAACAAUAGCUGAGGCGGCUCGGGACCCCCACCCCACGGUGACCGAUCGGGCGAGCCUCCUUUUAGGACACGACGAGACGGAACUUUCCGGGAGGAGAGCGAAUGGCUUUUUUGGGGGGGGGACGAAAGGGACGACGGGAACCCGUUGUAUGGAAGAAUUUAAAAAAAAAAAAAAAAAAACUUUCAAAAGUCCUGCUGAUGCCCGCAUGGGGCCACGUGUACAUAAUCCCACCCUCCGGGACAAAGACUCCAACGGAUCGUCCGAUCGGACGGCUCCGAGGCAAAAUAGCGCGGCGGUCAUAUCAAAUAUGGCCACCGUGCUGCAUUAAUAAUAAGCUAGUAGAUAAGGUGAAACUUUUCUUUCUUUUUCUAUGAUGAUUCACUGAAAUGGUUGAAAGGAGAAAGGAGGGCUUCGAGCCUUGCCUGCGUUAGGCCGUUAAAGUCGGGUUUUAAGUACUGUACGGGCUUAAACCUUCGAAUUGGGGUGUCGAGACGGGCUCGGGUUUCAAACUUGGGUUGGGUUUUCAAACAAAGCUUGGGGUUUGAACGUUAAUAACCCAUUCGUGGGCAGCGUCCCAUUUUUGGGACAUCAUUAUUUUCACGCAUUAAAGCCUCCAUUUUUUUCCCCAUUUCCCCGUUUUUUUUUAUUUGGGACGAUCUACUAAGAAAACCCAAGUACCCUCUCGCGGGCAGCGUCCCAUUUUUGGGACGCUAUUAUAAAUGAGUAAAGUUAUCAUACAACUUAACCAUAAACGGAAAAAGAUUGUGGCCCGUUAGGAGACUUUAUUUGAAUAAGGCAAAAAAAACGCCACCCUGCCCAUGAAUGCGUUAAGACACCAAGCCUUAUUUUUAAGUUAAAACAAAGUGGGGGGGUCCAAAGUAGCGCUUAAGGCCGGGGUUAGAAAUUUAACAUGACCCAAGCUUGACGCCCGACGUCGUGACCCGACUCUGUCUUUUCUUCUGAUAUUUCUUAAAGCUCUUUAGGACCAGUAGCAUAGAUCCACUAACUCUUCUUCUUUGUUGGUAACGCCAAUAUGGGUAGUCUUUGUUUUUCUUUGUGUUCCUGUGCAUGUGCACACACACGCACACACACACACGAAAGCAUCCACCGUAUUUGAUUCCAAUGGCGUUAGGGCAGGGGUCACCAACGCGGUGCCCGCGGGGACAAUUUAAGGCGCCCGCGAGGCAUGUUCUAAAAAUACCACAGCUUUAAAUUUUGAAUCUGACCUGCUUGUUAUUUACAUUUUUAAAAUACCUGUAAUGUCACGUGAUACAAACAAUUAAAACAAAAAUAUUUGAGGUAUGUAUAGGUUUGCUGCGAACAAGUCACGUAGCCCUUCGUACAAUCAGUUCUGACGCAGUAGCCCUCAGCCUCAAAAAGGUCGAUGACCCCUGCGUUAUGGUAUUUCUAUGCGUGUGUGCGCGCGUGUGUGUACACACAGCGUCGUUCCCGUCAAAAGCCUGUGAGUGCACAUGUAUGCAUACAUGUAUGUACCCGUAUGUCGUAUCGAGUGUUGUUUUUAGGAAAGCCUUUUAGUUGACGCGCAAGCACACACAAUAAAAUGCGUUGGGACUGCCGUGUGAGUGUUUGUGUGCGCGCGCGCCAGUUGUUUUCUAUGCAAGUUGGCGUAGAUGACGACGACGAAGACGAGGAUGAGGAGGAGCGAGUGGGCGGGCGGUCAGCCGGCCGCCCUUUUGUCUGCUCGUUGGUCCACACUGUGAAUCUUUUUGCUACUUUCUAUUUUUAUACCAGCAGUUAAAGGACAAUAAAACUUGUUGGUGACAACCAGCGAACGCAAAGGCGGGCGGAUGCUUUGGUGCUGCUUCUUCUUUUUUCGUCGCUUUGCUUGUUUCA